AUGGUACUCAAAGGAGAGAUUCUUUACAUCCUUACGCCCGGCAGUUACAUUCGAACCCUUGAUUUUUCUGGACAAGACGGUUUCAAGGAUGUCUCCUACAUGGUUCCAAUGUAUCAGCCAACUCUCACUGAAAGACAACAAGCAACUAAGUUCAUCUCACAAAGCGAGAAGAUUGCUGUCACAAGAUCAGGAGAAGUUUUGAUGGUCGAUAUCCUCGUUUACGAGGACGCUGCAUAG